UCUGUGUCCGCCUUGGCCAGCAAGAUGCUGCCCGUGUCCCCGGAGGUGAAGACCAACCCGCUGCAGAAGGCGAACUUCUGCUCUCGUCUGUUUGUCUGGUGGAUAAACCGCUUGUUUAAAAUUGGUCACAAACGGAAAUUAGAACCAGAUGACAUGUACUCGGUGCUUCCAGAAUAUCGCUGCCAGCACCUUGGAGAAGAGCUGCAAGGGCACUGGGAUCAAGAAGUGUUGAGAGGCCAGAAGGAUGCACAGGAGCCCUCUUUAGUGAAAGCAAUCAUAAAGUGUUACUGGAAAUCCUAUUUAAUUUGCGGAAUGUUUACAUUUCUGGAGGAAGGCACCAGAGUAGUUCAACCCAUAUUUUUGGGUAAAAUGAUUAGUUAUGUUGAAAACUACGAUCCCAAUGAUUCUGCCGCUUUUCAUGAAGCCUAUGGCUACGCGGCAGGGCUGAGCGCCUGCGUGCUCGUGUGGGCCGUUCUGCACCACUUGUGCUUCUACCACGUGCAGCGCGUGGGGAUGAGGCUGAGAGUAGCCGCGUGCCGUAUGAUCUACCGCAAAGUGAGUGUCGCUCGGAGUAAGACUGCUGUUCUCACAGAUGACAGAAUCAGGACCAUGAGUGAAGCCAUAAUUGGCAUCAGAACAAUAAAAAUGAAUGCUUGGGAAAAGUCAUUUAUAGACCUUAUUACCUGAUUGAGAAGGUAAGAAAUUUCCAAGAUUCUGAAAAGUUCCUAGCUUAGGGGCAUGAAUUUGGCAUCAUUUUUCACUGUGAGCAAAAGCAUAAUUUUGGUCACCUUCAUCAGCAAUGAGCUCCUUGACAACCUGAUCACAGGCAGCCAAGUGUUCAUGGUGGUGAUGCUGUUCGAAGCUCUGUGGUUUUCAAGCACCCUCUACUUCCCCAUGGCCAUAGAGAAGGUGUCAGAGGCCAUCAUCAGGAUCCAAAGAAUCAAGUCUAUGUCUUUCCUUUUUCUAUAAAACUUUCUAUCACUUGAUGAGAUGUCACAGUGCUACCCUCAGCUGCCAUCAAAUAGUGAAAUGAUAGUGGAUGUGCAAGAUUUAACAGGAUUUUGGGAAAAGGCAUCAGAGACCCCAACCGUACGAGGCCUUUCCUAUACUGUCAGGCCUGGUGAACUGUUAGCUGUGGUCAGACCUGUGGGAGCAGGAAAGUCGUCACUGUUAAGCGCUGUGCUGGGGGAGCUGCCCCUGAGUCAGGGGAAAGUCAGCAUGCAUGGGAGGAUUGCGUAUAAACAUACGCCCCAUACUCAGCAGCCCUGGGUAUUCUCAGGAACUGUGAGGAGUAACAUUUUAUUUGGGAAGAAAUAUGAAAAAGUAAUAAAGGCUUGUGCUUUGAAAGAGGAUUUACAGCUUUUGAAGGAAGGAGAUCUAACUGAGAUAGGAGACAGAGGAAUCCUGCUGAGUGAAGGACAGAAAGCCCUAGUCAGGCUCGCCAGAUCCGUGUAUCAGGAUGCAGACAUCUACCUCUUGGACGAUCCGCUCAGCACAGUGGAUGCAGGAGUCAGCAGGCACUUGUUCCAACAGUGAAGAUCUUGUGCUGAUUUAUGUUUCUUUAUUUCAGGGUUAACUGUAUCUACCAUCCUUUAUGACAUCACAAGGUCUCUGUUGAUAUUCUAUGUCCUUGCUAAUUCUUCACAAACUUUGCACAGCAAAAUGUUGGAGAGCAUUUUGAGAGCUCCGGUAUUGUUCUUCAAUAGAAAUCCAAUAGGAAGAAUUUUAAAUCGUUUCUCCAGAGACAUUGGGCAUAUGGAUGACUUGCUGCCCCAGACAUUUCAAGAUUUAAUCCAGAUGUUUCUACUUGUGAUUGGCGUGGUGGGUGUGAUGGUGGGUUCGAUUCUUUGGAUUGCUAUACUUGUGAUUCCCCUUGGAAUCAUUUUCUUUGUUCUCCAGUGGUAUUUCUUAAGGACGUCAUGAGAUGUGAAAUGCCUGGAAUCUACAACACGGAGUCCAGUGUUUUCUCAUUUAGCAUCUUCUCUCCAGGGACUUGGGAUCAUCCGGGCAUACAAAGCCGAACACAAGUUUCAGAAACUGUUCCACGCACACCAGGAUUUGCACUCAGAGGCUUGGUUCCUGCUUUUGACGACGUCCCGAUGGCUCGCUGUGUAUCUAGAUGUCAUUUGCGCCAUCUUUGUCACUGUUGUUGCCUUUGGAGCCCUCAUUCUGGCAGAUGCUUUGAAUCCUGCAGAGGUUGGCCUGGUCCUGUCUGUCACCCCCACACUUAUGGGGAUGUUCCAGUGGUGUGUCAGACAAAGUGCUGAAGUUGAGAAUAUGAUGAUUUCAGUAGAAAGGGGCAUUGAAUAUACAGACCUUGAAAAAGAAGCACCCUGGGAACUUGAGUAUCGUCCACCACCAUCCUGGCCUGAUGAAGGAUGGAUUUAUUUUAGUAAUGUUAACUUCAGGUACAGCUUGGACCGGCCUCUGGUAUUGAAGAACCUGGGUGACACAUUCAUUAAUCAAAGAGAAAAGGUUGGCAUUGUGGGAAGAACAGGAACUGGAAAAAGUUCCCUCAUUGCUGCUCUUUUUAGAUUGUCAGAACCCAAAGGUGACAUUUUGAUUGAUGAGUUCUGGACAACCAGCAUUGGACUUCAUGAUUUAAGGAAGAAAAUAUCAGUUGCACCUCAGGAACCUGUUUUAUUCACUGGAACGAUGAGGAAAAAUCUGGAUCCCUUUAAUGAGUAUUUGGAGGAGGAACUGUGGAAUGUCUUGGAAGAGGUACAACUUAAAGAAACCAUCCAAGGUCUUCCUGGUAAAAUGGAUAACAAAUUAGCAGAAUCAGGAUUGAGUUUGAGUGUUGGACAGGGACAACUAGUGUGCCUUGCCAGGGCUAUUCUCAGGAAAAAUCAGAUAUUGAUUCUUGACAAAGCCACAUCCAAUGUGGACCCAAGAACUGAUGAUUUAAUACAAAAAAAAAAAAAAAUUCAUGAGAAAUUUGCCCAGUGCACUGUGCUAACCAUCACACACAGGUUGAGCACCGUUAUUGGCUGUGAACGGAUACUGGUUUUGGAUUCAGGGAGACUGAAUGAUGAUGAUAAGCAAUAUGAAAUGCUGCAAAAUACAGACAGCCUGCUUUACAAGAUGUGCAAUAGCUGGAUGAAACUGAGGCUGCUGCUCUUAUUGAAAGAGCAAAACAGGUGA